AUGACUAAGGACCGAGAUACCUGGCACCUUGCUCAACACAAGAAGACCAAUACUCUGCAGCAGAAGUGUCAAGACUGGUCCCUCUGGUGGUAUCCUCAGAUCCAUUUUGCGAAAGUAAGUGGUGCAGCUCUGGAUGUACCUGGGAAAAUAUUGUGGUAUAAGAAAAAUGUAACAGCAGAAGCCUGUGCAGAAAAGUGUUUGUCUGAAGAAACUUGUUCAUCAUUUGAAAUAACUAAAGAAGGUGGGAAAUGUUACUUAUCAAAGGGAAGUGCAGCUGCCUCUACGAAAAUAAAAUCAGCCAAAGACAGAGAUUACUACCAACAAGUAAAACCCUAUGUUAAGCCUGUGAUGCUGAAAAAAGUUAGUCUACCAGAAGAGGAUACUGUAAAACAGUUUACAAAUAUGGAUUUAAAUGAGUGUAAUAAGGCUUGUUCUCGAUAUGCAGGAUGUAAUUCUUACCAGUACAAUCAGAAAGAUAAAAUUUGUGGGCUCAAUAAAGUGACUCAGUUGACUGAGAAACUUAAACCCAACAAAGGAAAUAAGGAUGCUUACUUCCUUACUCCAGCUUUUAAAAAUAUUAACUGUGGACGACCAAAAAGAAUUGCUAAUGCAUUAAAAGCCUUCAAAACCACCACCUAUAAUUCGGAAGUGACCUACACUUGCCCAGGGGGAAAGGAACUUAAGGCAACAUGUAAAGAAGACAAUCAAUGGGUUCCAACAGUGUCUUCCUGUAAAGUUGCUCAGAACCAUUUUAUAAGAGUAAAAGAUGCAAUUCUGGAGGUAUCUGGGAAAAUAUUAUGGAAAAAGGAAAAGGUAACGGCAGACAUGUGUGCAGAAAAAUGUUUGUCUGACAUUACUUGUUUAUCAUUUGAAAUAACUAAAGAAAAUGGAAAAUGUUACUUAUCAAAAGAAGGUGCAGCUAACUCUAAGAAAAUAGAUACAGCCAAAAGUAGAGAUUACUACCAACAAAUACAACCCAACGAUGAGUUUGUUGCAUUUAAAAAAGCUUUCAUACCAGGGUAUGACACAUUUCCACAGCUGACAACUAUGAGCUUAAUGCAGUGUUAUCAAGCCUGUCAUAAAACCCUAAGAUGUAACUCCUUUGAGUAUCAUGAAAGAAGAAAGCUCUGUAAUCGAAGUAAUGUGACUCAUUUGACUCACAACCUUAUACCCAACAAAGAGGGUUGGGAUAUUUACCUCAUUAACCCAGAUUUCCAAAAAAUUGAUUGUGGACCUCCAAAAGACGUUGCUGGUGCUGUGAAAGUCUACAGAUCCACCACCUUUAAAUCUUUAGUGACAUAUAAUUGUCCAAGUGGAGGAGUAUUUAAGUCAAUGUGUGAAAAGGACAAAAUAUGGACUCCAGUACCUCCUACAUGUGAAGCCUAUGCAAACAUUGACUGUGAAACUCCAAAGGAAGUUGUUGGUGCACUAAAGUCCUACAAAACUACCAUCUAUAAAUCUGUAGUGACCUAUACUUGUCCAAAGGGAGAACAGCUAAAGUCAAUAUGUGAAAUGAACAACAAAUGGACUCCAGUGGCAAAAACAUGUAAAGAUUCUGAAAUCCAUUUUGUAAAAGUAAAAGGUGCAGCUAUGGAUGUAUUUGGGAAAAUAUUAUGGAAUAAGAAAAAAGUAACAGUGGAAGCCUGUGCACAAAAAUGUUUGACUGACAAAAAAUGUUUAUCAUUUGAAAUUAAUAAAAAAAAUCGAAAAUGUUACUUCUUAGCGGUAACUGCAGCUACCUCUAAGAAAAUGAAAAAAGACAACAGCAGAGAUUAUUACCAACGAGUAGAACCUGAUGAGAAGCCUAUUAUAUUAAAAAAAGUUAGCAUACCGAAGAAGUUUAUUUUAGAAAAGCUUAAGCAUAAGACCUUACAGCAGUGUAAUGAAACUUGCUAUCAACAUCCAGUAUGUAGUUCUUAUGAGUACAAUAAGAAAGCUAAAUUGUGUGCUCUGAGCAAAGUGGCUCAGUUGUCUGGUAAACUUAAACCUAACUAUGGAAGCUGGGAUGUAUUCAUGAUUCACCAAGCUUAUACAAAUGUUGAUUGUGGACCACCAAAAGAUAUUGAUCGUACAUUGAUGUCCUACUCUACCACCACCUAUAAAUCUGAAGUAAUCUAUACAUGCCAUGAAGGAGAAAAGUUGAAGUCAGUAUGUAAAGAGGACAAUAAAUGGACUCCAGUGGUGUCUUCUUGUAAAGUUUCUAAGCUCAAUUUUGUGAAAGUAAAAGAUGCAGUUCUUGAUACAUCUAAGAAAACUUUGUGGAAUAAGAAACAUGUAACAACAGAUGCAUGUGCACAAAAAUGUUUAUCUUACAAAAAUUGUUUGUCAUUUGAUAUAAAUAAAAGUGUAAUUAUGGUGACAUCUGGAAAGUCUGCAGACAUACUCUCUUCAUCCCAAAUGGAUACAGCUUAUUAUGAGUUAUUCACAAUUAAAAAUGCUGCCAUACCAGGGCAGGCUAAUCUUGGACAACUGAGAAAUGUGGAACUAAAGGAAUGUGCAAAAGCUUGCUAUCAAAUUCCAGGAUGUAAAUCUUUUGAGUACAAUGAAAGAGCUAAGAUCUGUUAUCGAGGUAAUGUGAAUCACUUGAUUCAUGACCUUGAACCAAGCAAAAGUGAUUCAGACUCUUACAUCAUUAACCCAGCUUACUCAAAUGUCAAUUGUGGACCUCCAAAAGAUGUUGUUGGUGCAUUAAAGUCCUACAAAACCACCACCUAUAAAUCUGAAGUGACCUAUACUUGUCCAAAGGGAGAUCAAAUAAAGUCAACAUGUGAAAAGCACAAGAUAUGGAGUCAAGUAACACCUACUUGUAAUGAUCCUCAGAUCAAUUUUGCAAAAGUAAAAGGUGCAAUUAUGGAUGUACCUGGGAAAAUAUUGUGGCAAAAUAAAAAUGUAACAGUAGAAACCUGUGCAGAAAAAUGUUUGUCAAACAAAAAAUGUUUAUCAUUUGAAAUAAAUAAAGAAAAAGGAAAAUGUUUCUUAUCACAGCAAGCUGCAAGUUCCUCCAAGAAAAUAAGGGCCACCACAAGCAGAGAUUAUUAUCAACGAGUAAAAUUCGAUGACAAGCCUCUUGUGAUGAAACAUGUUAACGUACGAAAGAAGGCUACCUUAGGACAGAUUAAGAGGGUGAACUUAAUACAGUGUGGUAAAGCUUGCGAUGAAUUUCCAGGAUGUAAUUCUUAUCAGUACAAUGCUAAAGAUAAGAUAUGUGAUCUGAGUAAUGUGACACAUUUGACUGAUGAAUUUAAACCCAACGAUGGAAAGUGGGAUAUAUAUGUGAUUAACCCAGUUGUCUCAAAAAUUGACUGUGGACCACCAAAAGACGUUGUUGGUGCAUUUAAAUACUAUAGUUCUACUACCUACAAAUCUGAAGUAACCUACUUUUGUCGAGAUGGAGAAAAAUUAAAGGCAGCAUGUAAAGAGGACAAUAAAUGGACUCCAGAAGUCUCUUGUAAAAUUGCUAAGAACUAUUUUGUGAAAGUAAAAGGUGCAGCUCUGGCUGUAUCUGGGAAAACAUUAUGGGAUAAGCAAAAUGUAACAGCAGAAGCAUGUGCAGAAAAAUGUUUGUCUGACAAAAACUGUUUAUCAUUUGAAAUAAAGAAAGAAAUGGGAAAGUGUUUCUUAUCAAAGCAAACUGCAGCUUCCUCCAAGAAAAUAAAGAAAGCCAAAAACAGAAAUUACUAUCAACGAAUAAAACGUAAUUAUUCUUUGUCUUUUAUAAUUGAAAUUCUCUUUUCCUUUCCUUGUUUUCUAAAAUUUGUGAUUCCAUUUUCACUUUCUGCUGAAAGCACCUUAAAACUUUUUGCAUUUGGCCCUCCUCAUAAUCUUAUCCUGCAGUCUGAUGUUGAUGUUUUGACACUUAAACGAACUAACAUACUAAUGCAGGAUAAUUUAGGCCGGCUGCAUAAUGUGAGCUUAAAGGAGUGUGAUGAAGCUUGUUAUGAGCUUGCAGAGUGUAAAUCAUAUGAAUAUAAGGAAAAGACUAAGAUAUGUGAUCUAAGUAAUGUGACUCACUUGACUCAUCACCUUCAACCCAACAUAUAUGGAUGGGAUAUUCACAUCAUUAACCCAGUUCUUGCAAAAAUUAACUGUGGACCUCCAAAUGAGAUUGUUGGUACAAAGAAGUCCUACACUACCACUACCUAUAAAUCUGAAGUGAUCUAUACUUGUCCAGAAGGAAGAAAAUUAAAAUCAGUAUGUAAAAGGGAUACAAAAUGGACAUCGGUACCACCUUGUGAAGCCUAUGCAGACAUUGACUGUGGAAAUCCAAAAGAUAUUGUUGGUGCAUUAAAGUCCUACACAGACACCACCUAUAAAUCUGAAGUGACCUAUACUUGCCCAGAGGGAGAUCAAUUAAAGUCAACAUGUGAAAUAAACAACAAAUGGACCCUAGUGGCAGAGUCCUGUAAAGAUCCUCAGAUUCAUUUUGCGAAAGUAAAAGGUGCAGCUCUGGAUGUAUCUGGGAAAAGAUUAUGGAAUAAGAAAAAAGUAACAGCAGCAGACUGUGCAGAAAAAUGUGUGUCUGACAAAAAUUGUUUAUCAUUUGAAAUAAAUAAAAAAGGUGGAAAAUGUUAUUUAUCAAGGGAAAGUGCAACUCUCACUAAGAAAAUUUACCUAGACAAUAGCAGAGAUUACUAUCAAAAAGUAAAACUGUUUUCCCUAUUUGUUUUUCUUACUGGUAGCAGCUUGUCAAAUUUUGACUUCAUUUUUCAAGCCAACUGUAGUUCUGCAGACAACUUCCCUGAAAAAGCAUUUAAGUUUGGAAAUAUGGAGCAAAUUAUGUUUAAAAAUGUCAGCAUACCAGAGAAGACUACAAUAGGACAGUUUGAGGAUAUGACCUUAAAGGAGUGUAAUGAAACUUGUUAUAGUAUUGAAGAAUGUAAUACUUUUCUGUACAAUGAACAAGCUAUGUUAUGUGAUCUGAGCAAUGGGACUCUGUUGACUCAUAAACUUAAACCCAACAAAGACGGUUGGGAUAUUUACAUAGUUAACCCAGCUAUUACAAGAGUUGAAUGUGGACCUCCAAAAGAUGUUGUUGGUGCAAAGAAGUCCUACACUAACACCUCCUAUAAAUCUGAAGUGACCUACACAUGUCCAGGAAAUGAAAUAUUAAAAUCAAUAUGCAAAGAUAACUCUAAAUGGACUCCAGUUACAUCUGAUUGUGAAGAUGCUAAGCUCCAUUUUGUGAAAGUAAAAGAUGCAAUCCUUGAUACACCUAAGAAAACUUUGUGGAAUAAGAAACAUGUAACAGCAGAUGAAUGUGCUCAUAAAUGUUUAUUUUAUACAGAUUGUUUAAUAUUUGAAAUAGAUAGAGGAAGUAGAACAUGUUACUUCUCAAAGCAAAGUGCAGCUUCCGCCAAGAAAUUAAAACCAAAGAAAGGCAGAGAUUACUACCAACGAAUAAACUCGAAUGAUGAGGUUUUACGAAUUAAAAGCACUUCCAUACCUGGGCAGGAUACUUUUGGACGGCUGGAAAAUGUGAGCUUAAAGGAGUGUCAUAAAGUUUGUCAUCAAACUCCAAGAUGUAGAUCUUUUGAGUAUAAGGAAAAAGCUAAGACCUGUAGUCGAAGUAAUGUAACUCACUUGACACAUGACCUUGAACCCAAUAAAGAGAAUUGGGAUACUUACAUCAUUAACCCAGCUCUCUUCAAUAUUGACUGUGGACCUCCAAAAGAAGUUGUUAAUGCAGUGAAGUCCUACAAAACCACCACCUAUAAAUCUGAAGUGACCUAUACUUGUCCAAAAGGAGAACAACUAAAAUCAACAUGUGGAAAGGACAACAAAUGGACUCCAGUAACAUCUGCUUGUAACGAUACUCAGAUCCAUUUUGUGAAAAUAAAAGAUGCAUCUCUGGAUGAAACAGGGAAAACAUUGUGGGACAAGGAAGAUGUAACAGUACAUGAAUGUGCAGGAAAAUGUUUGUUAGAUGAAAAAUGUUUAUCAUUUGAAAUGAAUAAAGAAAAUAAAAAAUGUUACUUAUCAGAGAAAUCUGCAAGUUCCUCCGACAAACUGAAGAAAAACAAAAACAAAGAUUACUACCAGCGAGUAAAACCUGAUGAGCCUUUGAAGCUUAAAAGAGUUAGUGUACCAAGCAAGGCUAUUUUAGGAAAACUUAAGAAUAAGAGCUUAAAAGAGUGUAAUGAGGCUUGCUUUCAAUAUCAGGCAUGUAGUGCUUAUCAGUACAAUGAGAAAACUAAGUUGUGUGAGCUGAGUAAUGCAACUCAGUUGAAUAAUGAACUUAAACCCAGCAAUGAAGGUUGGGAUAUAUACAUUCCUCUGCCAGCCUUGACAAAAAUUGACUGUGGACCACCAAAAGAGGUUCCUGGUACAUUUAUAUCUUACAAUACUACUACCUAUAAAUCUGUAGUAACCUAUACUUGUCAAGAUGGAGAAAUUUUAAAGGCUGCAUGUAAAGAGAAUAAUGAAUGGACUCCAGAAGUGUCUUGUAAAGUUGCUCAGAUCCAUUUUGUGAAAGUAAAAGGUGCAGCUCUGGAUAUAGCAGGGAAAUCAUUGUGGAAAGAGAAAAAAGUAACACCAGAAGCCUGUGCAAAUGAAUGUCUGACUGAUAAAAAAUGUUUAUCAUUUGAAAUAAAGAAAAAAAGUGGGAAAUGUUACUUGUCAAAAGAAACUGCAGCUACCUCUAAGGAAAUUAAAUCAGACAACAGCAGAGAUUACUACCAAAAAGUAAAACCCUAUGAUGAUCUUUUCACAUUUAAAAAAACUUCUAUACCAGAGAAGGAUACAUUAAAACGGCUGAAGAACAAGAGCUUAAAGGACUGUUAUAAAGCUUGUUAUAAAAAUUCAGAAUGUCACUCUUUUGAGUAUAAUAAAAAAGCUAAGUUCUGUGAUCAAAGUAAUGCAACCCACUUGACUGAUGACCUUCAACCCAAUAAAAAGGGUUGGGAUACUUACGUCUUUAACCCAGUUAAUGACAAAAUAAACUGUGGACCACCAAGAGACAUUGUUGGUGCAUCAAAGUCCUACAGUUCCACCACCUACAGAGGUGAAGUGACUUACACAUGUCCACAUGGAGAGAAACUAAAGUCAAAAUGUGGAAAUGACUAUAAAUGGACUUCAGUAAAUUCUACAUGUGAAGCUUAUAAAGACAUUGACUGUGGAAAUCCAAAAGACAUUGCUGGUGCAGCAAACUCCUACGAAGCCACCACCUAUAAAUCUGAAGUGACCUAUACUUGUCCAGAGGGAGAAAAAAUAAAGUCAAUAUGUGAAAAGGACAACAAAUGGACUCCAAUUGUGGAAACCUGUGACGAUCCUCAGAUUCAUUUUGUGAAAAUAAAAGGUGCUACUCUGGAUGUACCAGGGAAGAUAUUGUGGAAGAAGAAAAAUGUAACAACAAAAGCCUGUGCAGAAAAAUGUUUGUCAGACAAAAAAUGUCUAUCAUUUGAAAUAAAUAAAGAAAUGGGAAAGUGUUUCUUAUCAAAGCAAGCUGCAAGUUCCUCCAAGAAAAUUAAGAAAGUCAAGAACAAAGAUUACUACCAACGAGUGAAACCUGAUGAAGGGCCUAUUAUACUGAAAAAAGUUAGCAUACCAAUCCAGGCUACUUUAGGACGGCUUAAGGAUAAGACCUUAAUGAAGUGUAAAAAGGCUUGUCAACAAUAUGUAGGAUGUAACUCUUAUCAGUACAAUGCUGAUGAUAAGUUGUGUGAUCUGAGUAAUGUGACUCAGUUGAGUGAUAAUGUACUUAAACCCAAUGAUGGAAAGUGGGAUAUAUACAUAGCUAACCCAGUUAUUACAAAAGUUGAUUGUGGACUGCCAAAAGAUGUUGUUGGUGCAAAGAAGUCCUACACUAAAACCACCUAUAAAUCUGAAGUGACCUACACCUGUCCAGGAAGACAAAAGUUGAAGUCAAGAUGUAAAGAUGACAAUAAAUGGACUCCAGUUACAUCCAGUUGCAAAGAAGAAUGUCUGUAUCCAUGA